GGGAGUCGAUUAGUCGAAGUGCAACUACAGCCGCCAGCGGACGUGGACGUGGGCGCACAAUAAAUCUCCAUAAAUAAAACCGUAAUCUAGUGACAUCACCAUGAGGUCAUCGUGUCAGCUUCUGUACCUAGGUAUUCUACUGGCCAUCUGCUCGGUGGGUCAGGGACAGUUCAAGACGGCUGGCAUAAAGACGCGCCAGCCGCCUUCGGCAAACCUCCAACUCUCCGGAAAUAGUAGUCAGUUCAACCAAAGCGGCUACGCCUGGAACUCUUACAACCAAAGCAGCUACGGAUGGAAUAGCCAAGACCAAAGCAACUAUGGCUGGAACAAUGAAAACCAUGUGAGCCAGGGAUCCAGUGGAUUCGUGGCCGCCGAGACUUACCAACCGUCUACUCUGCCACCGCUCUAUGGACACUAUGUACAGCCGGUAACUCCACCAGUUCAUCAUGCCCAGGUACUCGAUGAGACGGCUCUGUUCAUCAACAAAACCCGAUCUGCCAUGGCUAGCGGCAAGUGCUUCAAAGAAGUUCCUACUGCUUCACUCCUGCGGAACUCCAGGGACCAGUUUGUGGGCAAUGGCACCACUCCGGACAUGAGUCGUAUUGAAGUUUGCUGCGAGGGCUACGAACGGAAUCCGCAUAUUUACCGCCGUUGUGAGCCAAUCUGCGUGGAUGACUGCCACAAUGGAAUCUGCACGGCUCCCAAUACAUGUGUUUGUAUCCCUGGACACGUUCGCACCUCUGAGGGCAAGUGCAUUUCCACCUGCCCACUGGGCUGUGGCAAUGGAGUGUGCGAUGAGAAGAAUGAGUGCAAGUGCCGUGAAGGAUAUACCCUGGAGCCAAAGAGCCGCAAGUAUUGUGAACCGGAAUGCAAUCCUGGCUGCUCCUUUGGACGCUGCGUGGCGCCCAACAAGUGUGCCUGCCUCGAAGGAUACCGCCUGGCCGCCGAUGGAUCCUGUGAACCAGUUUGCGACAGCUGCGAGAACGGCAAAUGCACGGCACCUGGACACUGCAACUGCAACGGAGGCUACCUUAAACUCCAAGGACGCUGUGAGCCCAUCUGCACGAUACCUUGCAAGAACGGACGCUGCAUUGGCCCGGACAUCUGUGAGUGCGCUUCCGGAUUCGAAUGGGACCGGAAGUCGUACGAGUGUCUGCCAAAGUGUGACCUUCCCUGCUUGAAUGGUGUUUGCGUGGGCAACAACCAAUGCGAGUGCAAGACAGGAUACGUGAAGGACGAACACCAGCGAAACAUUUGCCAGCCCCAUUGCCCCCAGGGAUGCCCAAAUGGAUUCUGCAGUGCCCCCAACUUCUGUAUCUGCAAGCCGGGGUACAUCAAGAGCGGAAUCAAGGGACGCCUGACUUGCCAGCCCGUCUAAGAUAUCUACAUGUGAAUUUUUAUUUUGUUUUCCUUUUAGAUCAAAAAUUAAAUAGACGUCCGAUCAGGGCAUUGAACUCAUAA